AUGUCUGGGAUUAGAGGAUGGAAGGAAGGCAGCUGGGACAGGAUUGCUGCUGCCUCCAGUACCCCGUUUCCAUCUCAGGGUUACCUCUGGAGUGGUAACAAUCAAACAGAGGAGGCUGAAAAUCCCCAGAAGGUGACAACAUCUGAAGAGGUGCAAAGCAGGCAAGCAUCAGUCUACCCACAACAGGAAAAGCAAUGUGUGGGCCCAUAUGUCUUGAUAACUCCAGAUGAAACCAGGAGAAACAAGUUGAAGCAAAUUGCUAAGAAAGAGCUAGAUGACCUGGAGCAGUGGAAGGAAAAGCACAAGCCAGAGCCAGUUAAAUUGGUUCCACAGAGACUGGGUGGAAAGGAAUCAGAGGCUCAAGCAAGGCAAAAACAGCAAAUGAUGCUCAUGCAAUGUAAAUACCAACAAAAGCACAAGAGAGAAGAAUAUAUAAAAGCAAAAAAGGCAGCUGAAGAAGCUGAAAUCCUGAAAAAGAAAGCAAUUCAGAGGGAAAAGGCAGAGAGGCUCGAAGCUAAAAAAAGACAAGAAGAAAUGCAAAGAAGAGAGAUGUUCUUUGAAAAUCACAAAACCAGUGAAUUAUUGAACAGAUUGGACUUGGGUUUGCCAAAGAGAGAUUCCUGUCAGAUUGCUAAUCAUGGCCAAGAGUCUACAGCAUGGAUGAGAAGCCAUACUUACAAGCAAGCUCUUCGAGAGGAAGAAAACAGAAGAUUAGAGGAAAUGAAGCAAGAACAACGGAGGAAGGCUGAAUUAAUAAAAUUUAAACAAAAGCAGGAAGAGGAAGCCAGGACAAGAGCACUUCAAAAUGAACAGAGGAGGGUAAAUAAUGCUUUUCUGGACCGACUCCAAAACAAAACACAACCUGAUAACAUUUGCCAACCUGGAUGUGCUAGGAGUCUGGACUGCCUCGGCAAUUGCACCUGGAUGACACCACUUUAA